CGAAGCGCUCGAGCCAUCAAGGCCACAAGCAAAAGUAACAUUUCCCUAACUCCAGCAAUAAGAAAACAAAUCACUAAAGCUGUCAACUCUGCAACACGUAAACUCUGCACCAAGAAAGGACGCCAAAUGUGUGUGAAGGGAUCUCGGGGACCUCAAGGUGCCCCAGGAUCUCAAGGACCACGGGGAUCCCAGGGACCAGCAGGACCUCAAGGCCCUCAGGGAAAAUCAGGAUCUCAAGGAACUCCGGGAAAAUCGGGACCUCAGGGACCUCCGGGUCCUCCAGGACCUCCCGGCUCUCAAGGGCCCGCUGGAAGGAAGGGGGAUAAGGGGGAUCCCGGAGUAGCUAGUUCGUUGACUCCAACUUACCUAAAGCCAGUUAAGAACCAAUCAGAUGAUGUCAUUAAAGCCCCUGGGAUAUUAGUUCAGCCAGCCUUUAGGACUGCCUUUUUAAACGAGUCAGCUAAAUUUCAGUGUGCACCAGAUAAAAACGUUUACGCGACCAUCUCAUGGUCUAAAAAGGAUGGAUCUCUCCCCGUCGGAAGACAUUCCAUCAUCAAAGGAACACUGUAUAUCAAGAAUGUGGUCAUCAGUGACAAUGGCGAGUACGUCUGCACGAUUCGCACUUACCAGGGGACAGCACAAGCUGCUGUCACACUUAAUGUGAAAGGUAAAAAAAAUAAAUUAACAAUUAAAAUAUGUUUUAAAGUCAUGCUGUACACCAGUUCAACUGCAUGGGCAAUCCUGUCAGAUUGAUUUAGCUAAAAACAUUCAAAGAUUCCGGGUUUUAAUGACAAUAACUAAUCGGAUUGCCACCUGAGACAACACAUAAAUUUUUAAUAGGAGGUCAGUGGGUGAUAGUAAGUACUUACGUAGUUCUAAAGUUCUGCUUUUAGUUUCAUACUCUUUUCUUGAUGUCAGCGGCAAGAUCCUCUAAAAAGAAAUUCGGAGAAUUUCUAUGUUUUAGUUUAAAUUACAGUCAUAGCUUGGGAUAUAUAAAUACUAACCUUUCUAACUGACCACCAGAUCGCGAUACAAGCUGCAGCCUUUAUGCGUCGAGUAAUUAUCAAAAGUUAGGACCAAGUUAUUAUCUUACGGACGUGGUUAAUAAUGCUUAUAACUUCUAUUUUAUUCUUGUUUUGCACCCAGAGUCCUUGAUACACUAGCACUCCAACGAAGGGCUUGCACUCGAAGCGUACUGUUUUUUAAUGUAUGACGUUCAUUUUUUGCCCAUUACCUUAUUAACUCUGAUGAAAAAAUAACACAGGACAAUUUUUGAUCUAACAAACCGCUUAGUAUACCGGCGCUUAUUCUAAGUUAGGAAAGCAGAAGUGAGGAGAACAGAAAUAAAAUCACAACAACAACAAAAAAAAACACAAACGUAAUGUCAUUGAAUGAAACUGAUCAUUUGCAGCUCUACCAGCCAUUUCACUCGCUCCAGGGCCAAUCUACGCUGAAAGCGGAAAAGAUAUCAGUCUCCCUAAAUGCCAAGUCAUUGGAUAUCCUCCUGCGGUUAUAUCCUGGACAAAGCUUUUUGAUCAACUUCCAACUGGAAGAAUAGCUGUAGAUGGUCACACCUUAACAAUAAAGAAAGCAGAGCAGAAGGACGGAGGAACAUACAUCUGCACCGCCAGAAAUGCUAUGGGCACUUCGCACGCCAUGACAACUUUGAUCGUUAAUAAGAUGCCUCAGUUUACUGUCAAGCCACCAAAGAAGAUAGAGCGUUAUCAUGGACAGUCAGUUACACUGAACUGCUCCGCAGAUGGACGGUUAGUACCGAGCAUCACGUGGUCACGAUGCAAUGGAGAUUUGCCAGGGGGGCGCACGCUGGUGAAAGGUGAACAACUAAAUAUAAACAGCUUGACGGCUAAAGACAGUGGCAUUUACAUCUGCUCUGCUCGGAGUGGGUUGCUUCGUGUGGAGACCGAAGUACGAAUUAUUGUCAAAACUGGUAAGAAGUUUUUGCUUUAAAUUUUUUAUAGUUUUACCCUUUUUUGUCAGCAUGUUAGCCUUGUUGGUUUUUUGGCUUGAUCUCAGUAGAGGCGAAAUACAUCUCUGCAACUCUAAUCAACUAUGAGUAUCCCUGAUGAAAUACAAGUUUUUAGUGUACCAAAUGUUCGAGGCUGGUAGUACAAGUUGAAUCAGGCCCUUUCACUACUGACUGAAACUGUAAGUGACCCUACUAACGUGCGAAUUCACCUUGUAAUAAUAUAUAUUUCACUCCGACGUAUCACGGCACGUAAACUAACAUAUAUGAAAACUUCAGACAGUUUUCAUAUUUUUUUCCAUUUCCAGACCACGUGAUGGUACACAACAGAACUUUUCCUUUCAAAUGUCUUCCUAUCAACGUGCAUAUGUAUGCAUAAUCAGGAGUCCAUAACCCACAGCGAGCUAUUUUCGCGGGAAAAAGAGUCCCAAAAUGUGUCUAAAAAUAAACUGGUCCGUAAAAACGCCGUGAUAUAGGCCUAGUAUGGGAGUUGCUCUCUCCGGGUUAUGGGUCCCUGGCAUAAUUUAUGAAACGACAAAAGGCAAAUCACCUUGAGAACAUCACGUGGUCUGAAUUAAGAGAGCAAAGCUUACAAACUUUAAAGGUCAAUAGCACAAGUAGACUCAGGCAAAUAUUGAUUUUUCAAAUCGCACCACUUGUGCAAGUAGCACAUUUUAAAUCUCCCGCUCUGUGGCCCUUAAGAGUAUAUUUUUUCGGCACAAAAGUACUAGUUUUCCAAUGCGUUUCCUUCACAUUUAGUAUCAUAUUUUGUGCUGCACCUCGCCCUCAGUUACUUGGGCGAAGAUUAUCUCACCCAGCGUUACUAAAACGAGGGUAAGGGCAAGACCAAGAGUAAGGGUAAGGGUGAGGAUGAAGGUAAGAAUAAGGGCAAGGGUAAGGAUAAGGUUAAGGAUAAGGGUAAGGGUGAGGUUAAGGGUGAGGGUGAGGGCGAGGUUAAGGUUAAGCCCGUCGCCGCACUGUAACGACGCCACGAAGAAAUUCAAGAGGAUGUUACAGAAAUUGAAAGUGGAAGUAAAGAUUCAAGCUCAAUCACUUCGACUACUAUGCAGCCCCAUUUCUCUCUGAUACAAAAUAGGGUAGUCUACAACAGCGGCCAUACAAGAAAUCUCACCCCCAUAAACGCGGUUUAUUCAUUUACCCCACAUGGGUGGGUUACCUAGCUAACCCCGGAUCCUUCAACUCCAUGUAAACAGGCACUGAGAGUAAAGGAAACGAUCGCCAGGAAAAGAAUAUUAUUCCAUGCAUUUUUGCGUCCUUUUCAGAGCAAAAGAAAUUGAUUUGUUCCCGGUCACGUUUUUGGAGGCUUGACGGUAACAGAAACAAAUAAAGUAGCUAAAACUUGAAAUCAGACCAGCCAUUGAUUUUUAAUAUAAGAUGAUGUUAAAUAAAAAUAAAAUCUUGGGAAAUCUUGGUUUAAUCGGCUAUGCUCAAAUGUAAUAUUCUCGACUUACAAUAAUAAAUCACCGGAAAUUUUUCAAUGAUAUCCUGCAUCCGUAACCCGUAAUCAGUGUUAACUAAAAGGUAAUACCUACCUAAAUAUUGGUCAAUAUGUUAAGAGGAACAGUUUAAAGACAGAUUGAACUUCUGAAGAUUCGUUUUAUCCUCCUUUGUUUUCUCAUUUGAAAGUAAUCUGUCUUCUCCUGACCAUGAGCCUUACCCUAACCCCCACCCUCAGCAUUAGCCUUACCCUUGUUUUAGCAAGGCCGUUAAAAAAAUUAAUUCACCCUCCGCCGUGGCAGUCAUGCCUAACUCACACUUUCCCGGCGAUUCUUCUGGACAACCAGGAUGUAGUCAUAUUGUUUAAAACUUGAAGUACACAAUCGAAAUUCCAGAAGCAGACACAGGUGACCAGAAAAAGCAUCCGCGUUGGAGAGGACUGUCCGUUAGUAGGUAUGUCUCUGGGCCAUAAGUAGUCUAAGUAGGGGACGGCUUACACCUACGUAAGGGGUACGUCCUUAGCGCAGACUUGACUGUAGUAUUUCUAUAUCAUUUGUUAGCAUGUAAGUUGAUAGACUGAUGAUUGACUAAUGAGUUUAUCUUAUUGAUUGACCGCAGCCCGAGAUUGUGAGGAGCUGUUUUCUGCUGGCUUUAAAGAAAGUGGUGUGUAUACCGUCAACCCAACGAGCAAAACCAGUUUUGAAGUAUAUUGUGACAUGAAGACUGAUGGUGGAGGAUGGACGGUCUUCCACAAGCGCUUUAGAGGGUAUAUGGACUUCUUCAGGGGGUGGAACGAGUACAAAAACGGCUUCGGUGACGUCAGAGGGGAGUUUUGGCUUGGAAACGAUAAGAUCCAUCAACUGACGGAUAUUUCGAGUCAGCUGCGGGUGGAAAUCAAGACAAAAAAAGAUGGCGACAAGUACGCAAAAUACAGCAGUUUUACAGUCACUAACGAGGCGUCUAACUACACGAUGUUUGUUGGGUUUUACGCUGGUACAGCUACGGAUCAAUUGACUUCCCAUAAUGGCAUGGCUUUCACUACAAAGGAUCGAGAUAAUGACGAAACUAGUGAUAACUGUGCUGUAACGGGAAAGGGAGCAUGGUGGUACAAAAACUGUUGGGACUCAAACUUGAAUUCCAACUAUGGUGACAGGGCCUAUCAAUGGUAUUGGUACCCACUCCUGGCUAGUGAAAUGAAAUUGAAACCCACAAGGUCUAAAUGA